CUUAAUGACCACUAAAAUGUUCAAUGUAUCAUUUGUAUGUAUGUAUGAUUGUAUGUAUGUUUAUGUAUUUCUGAUCAGUUACUGCAAUUAUCCAUUUUUUACUUAACCGUGUAUACUACUAUACUACAUAUAAAUAUAUAAAAGUCACCUUAUCUGCUUUUGAAAAUGUCUCAUAGGCUUGAAACUGGAAAUAUUGCAUAAUUUAGAUUGAUAUAUUGUUCAUUUAUUAUUAUCAUCUACUUUAAAGCAGUUUUUUUGUAACGUCUGGGAAAAGUGCUAACAGAAUAGCUGUCUGCUCAAAGAUCAGAGUCUUUCGGUGUAUGCUAGAAAGUAUGUUUGUAUAAAGACAGAAACAGUCGCUCGGUUUGAGAUGUAUUCUUCUUUAAAGUUAGCAACCAAUAAAAACAUGGUAUAUAUAAACUCCAAAAAGCUAUGCUUAAUUAACACAAACAAAUCCAUAACUGCUCCGGGUGUGUUUUCACGGUGUGUGUGUGUUCACUGCUGUAUGUGUGCACUUUGGAUGGGUUAAAUGCAGAGAACAAAUUCUGAGUAUGUGUCACCAUACUUAGCUGUAUGUCAUGUCACUUUCACUUAAAUCAUCACGAAACACAUGUAGAACUGUUUUCUCCUUAGCUGUAAUCCGUCCUUUCAACUUCCAAAAAAUUUAGCUAGCACAAAUAAUCAGAUAAUGCUAAGUCAAGCACAUGUAAGUAGACACUACAGUAUGUACACAAUUGGUUGUGCUGAUGGUGUGUUUGCACUUGGUGUGGCUGAAGCUGUGACGUUGGGCUCCAUGACGUUAGCAUUAUCAAUGCACCACCACUCUGGAAAGCGAUAUGGGACACCACUGUGCCAACCUCCUCAGGUUAGCACUACAGUUGCUAACAUCUUUUAUUAUGCAGCACUUGAUGUGGAUAUACAGCAGGCAUUGUGUAGAGCUCUUGGCUUGCAUAUACUCUACUUACUGUACAUAUAUAAAAUAGAAUUGCUUUGUUCUCUGGGUUCUUCUAAUGCCUGCUUCCUUUCACCAAACUCUGAGAAGAGACGUUUAUUAAAUAAAAGUCUUAAUAGCAAACACUAGCAUGCUCACUGCACGGCCCAUUCCUGUUCAGAUUAUAUUUUUUCUUGAUCAUCAGAGUGUUAUUUCGGACUUAACAGAUCCUGAACUUGAGAAUAUUACACCACAAAUCUUCCUAGAAUGUCUACUAAAAGACUGAAGAUCUUAAUCAGUUUAUUGUUUAUUUGUAAUAUCCCUCUAGUUAAGUUGUUUACACUUUUGCCCUGCAGCUCGUUGGUUAAACAUCUCUGUUGAAGCACAUCUACACUGGUCAUGAUGUACAGCUUUAAAACUGAGAUGUGUCAUGUUGAUUUAACAAACAACAAAGCACUCUAAAACCAUCUGUAUGUGUUAAGUUUUCUUGCAUGAUCAAGUAGGUGAACACAAGACAGCAUGAAGGGCAGGAGGAGGGGAUGAUAGAGGAAUGGAGAAACAUAAGCUGGUGGAGAUGUGCUAGAGGAGGGAGGGAAUGGGGUGAAGGAUAUUUAAGACCUGGAGAUGCUCUCUCCUCAUCCAUUUCUUUGCUUCUUUCUAUCAGUCUACAUCUCUGGCUCUUUGUCAAAGACGAAGGAGGCUUUUGAGGAACACAGCAUGGCUAAAGAACCGAGCACUAACCUGGAGAGCGCCAUGCAGAUGCUCAUCAAGACCUUCCAUAAGUACUCAGGGAAAGAAGGGGACAAAUACACGCUUAGCCGAGGGGAGUUAAGAGAACUACUGACAGAGGAACUGGGAAACUAUCUAGGGAAUGCACAGGACAAGGAUGCAGUGGAGCGAGUGAUGAAUGACCUGGACUCCAAUAAUGAUGGUGAGGUGGACUUCACUGAGUUCAUCAUACUGAUGGGGGCGCUCACUGUGGCCUGCAAUGACUUCUUCCUUGACAGUCCAGCACCCAAGAACAAGCCUGAGUCAAAGGAAGGAGAGAAGAAAGAGUGAUGAGGGGAUGAGAAUAGGAGGAUGAGUGAGAAAUGUUUCAGGUGGUUUCUGUAACCAGGAGUGAUGCUCUGAGAAGAAAACCGUCUGUUUUGAGCUAUUAAUUACUUGAAGUUUCUAAUUAUUAUGCUUGUCAUUACUCUGUGCUCUAAACACAUGAAGACUUUCAGUAAUUUUGCCCAAACCCUAACCCAAUUCCCACUGAAGCAGAACAGCACCAUGCACCUGUAGAGACUUUUGUUUAAAGGAAAUCCAUCUGGAGGUACUAAGAAACAUUUAAUCCAUUUUGAUGACUAUUUUCGGACUUGAUUUUAUUGAAGUUCUGCAUUAAGUCUAAAUACAUGAAAAAAAAACACAGCUCUAGUACUCAGAAAACCUAUUACUGAAACAUUCCUGAAAUUAAACAUCCCGAAAAUGGUUUGGGUUCAAAAAGGGGGAGGGGAGUAAAC